AUUCAGUAUUAAGUGCAGAUUACGAACGAGUGUCAGGAGUGAAACGCUCUUCUACAGUCUUCCUGGGCUUCUGAAACUAGCCAGUUUGAAAUCUGUUUUUUCUAUUUGUGGUAUAGCACUAGGAUUCCAGUCACCAGGCUGGUUAAAGAAGUUAUAUCACAGAUUUGUGUUAAGUGAGGGUUGGAGAUAAGAGGGAAGAAGUGAACAGUAUUGUAAAAAUAAACCUCAGAAAACGGCUUCGUCGACCGCCUUUCAGUCAUCUUAUGAGAGAGCUGGAUUGUUUUCCUUUAAGGAGAUUCUUGUAUCAUCUUAGUGAAUGAGAUUCCAAAUUCCAAGAGCUAGGUGCUCUCGUAACUUGGGAUAUUCCCAGGGCUGUAACAUCUCCAUUCGGCUGGUUCAGAGCCCAGCAAGAGGUUUCUGCUUGUACAAGUCCAAUUGGAGGCUUUCUCUGAACGGGGAACCACCUUGGGCUGCUAGUGAUUCCUGCUUCAGCUCCUGUUAGGUUCUUUUGACUAUUUAUAACAAACUGCCCAACACUGAACUAAGGCUGCCUCUUCACUUGUUCCAACAAGCCUUUCUUAGUAUCUUUGACAUAUUCUAUAACUGUCAACCCCAAACAUCAUAGAUCUGUUACUGACUUCACUAACAUUUGUAAUCUUUUAAACAACCAAGAUGAAGCUUACAAAUCUUGACAAGGAAAUUCACGUACUGGACUCUGAAACUGAUUCCUGGAAAGUUGUGCGUGAUAUUGCUGAAUCUGGAGUUCAGGAAGAAGCUUUCUAUGUUUGUGACAUUGGAGACAUUGUGCACAAACACAGGGAAUGGAAACUGAAGAUGCCACGUGUUGAACCACACUAUGCUGUGAAGUGUAAUGACUCCUUGGCUGUUCUGGAAGUUCUGGCUGCACUAGGCACUGGCUUUGACUGUGCCUCUAAGGGAGAAAUUAAGAAGAUCUUGGAGCUAGGGGUGGAUCCCAGACGUAUCAUCUUUGCCAAUCCUGCCAAACCAGCCUCUCAUAUCCGUUAUGCAGCUACCCUUGGAGUUGAUAUCAUGACCUUCGACAAUGAAUGUGAGCUGCACAAGAUUAAGAACUUGUUCCCUACUGCAAAAUUAGUGAUUCGUAUACGUUCUGAUGCUGCCAUAGCCCAAUGUCAGCUGGGAAUGAAGUUUGGUUGUGAUGCAGUGACUGAGGCACCUCAUUUGCUAAAAGUUGCUCAGUCUCUUGGGCUUGAUAUUGUGGGUGUCAGUUUUCAUGUUGGAUCUGGCUGUGGUGAUCCAGCAGCUUUUUACCAGGCCAUAUCAUCAGCUAAAAUGGUGUUUGACAUUGGGACAACCUUAGGGUAUAACUUUGACCUCUUAGACAUUGGUGGUGGCUACCCUGGUAAUAAGGGCACAUCCAUUGAUGAGAUUGCUGAGGUGGUGAACUCUGCAUUGGAUGAGUAUUUUCCUAAUCCAGAACUGGUGCGAGUUAUUUCUGAGCCAGGACGCUUCUUUGUAGCGUCAGCCUUUAUACUCGCUACUAAUAUUCACUCCAAGAGGGAGGUCCCCAGUGGUGAGGAAGUGGCUCACAUCAUGUACUACAUCAAUGAUGGUGUUUAUGGAAGCUUUAAUGCACUUCUCUAUGAUCAUGCCAAGGUUACUCCCAUCCCACUUAAUGCACACAUCAGUAAGCUGUUUCCAUCAUCAAUCUGGGGUCCAACUUGUGAUGGUUUGGAUCAGGUUGUACAAAAAGUCCUGUUGCCAGAGAUGUCUGUUGGAGACUGGAUCAUAUUUGAGGAUAUGGGUGCCUACACUUUGCCCACAGCUAGUCCUUUCAAUGGAUUCCCUGUGCCAAACGUCCAUGUUGUUGCUGAUGAGUGUAUAUGGUUUAUGCUGAAGGAUCUGCUGUCAUUCACAGAAGACCAUUUUAUAGGCAACACUCCUGCCAACCUUCGCAUUGGUCUUGAUGUAGGAGGCAGUGGAAGUGUACAGGACUGGGCCAUACCAUUAUCCUCUAGACCAACGCACUGCCAUCAGGAACUGGAUCUUGAAUCUGGUGCCGCAAUCGGGGAAGUAAUCAUGGAUCAUUCCACUCCUCCAACAUCAGCCUUUCAAUUUGACUACGUAGAAGUUGGACCCAUUAACUAGGGUGCUGUUAAUGUAACAUCACAAUGAGAAUCAAUUCAUGUUGUCUAGAAGUAAGGUGGUUAUGUUGAAACAACAGAAGUAUUCCUGUUUGUGUUAUUAACCCUUGGAGCAGUAAAUGGAACUUGCCAGCAUAAUGAUUUAUUUUAAUAACCAGGUGACUGAAAUCUCCAUCACACAGUUUACAGUUAAUCCAAGUAUAUAAAUGUAAUAAAAUACUUUAAAACUCUGGCUGCCACAUAUUGAAACUUCUUGACAGUACAGGCCAUUAUCAAAAUUGCCAACCUUUAGAAAAAAUUGUGUAUACAUAGCAGCAGUGUUCAGGGUCAUAUUUCAACUAUCUUUAACCUGAAGCACAAAGUUCAUUGAAAUAGUUUUAAUAAUCCAGUCCAUACCUCACAGAAAACAUUUCCAUUUCAAAGAUCAAUCAGUUUAUGCAUUUUAGGGGCAUUUUUGCUCUUUAUUCUAAGAAUCAUGUGACAUCCAUAAACACAUUUCAGAGGAAAAUGCAAAAUAAUUUAAUGUUUUAGUGAGUUACAUAUACAGGGUGUCCCAGGAUGAAAGGUCAAUAUUCUGGGAGGUCAUAGUAUCGGUUAUUCUAAGCAAAAAAGUGUACAUGGACAUGUGUCCUAUUCCGAACGGUUUCCGAUAGAGCUGUUUAGUUCACAGUCGGAGCUUUAAAACGGUGUGAGAAACAGAAUGUAUUUGGAAAUAAAAGUUUUAUAAAACUGUCAUCAUAAGGAAUUUCCCUGGCAGUGUAGAAAAUAAAGCUUGCAGGUUAAUGCAUCUAACAGCAGCCACAUUUGGUGCGAUUGCUUUAUACUGAAUGUUUCCAUACUUUAUAUAAAAAAGUUUAAUCAUUAUACAUUGCAGUGGCACCAAAUAACCUACUAUCCAUAAUGAAUUCUUCUUGGGUUACCAGCCAUGUAAGAUGGUUUAAUGAAGAAAACACUAACGUUUCGAGAACCAUCUUUGUCCUUGUCCUCAGGGUACUGUCAUUACAUGGUUCUUGAAACGGUGUUUUCUUCAUUAAACCACCUUAUGCGGCUAGUAGCCCAAGAAGAAUUUAUUAAACUUUGUUGCUGUGAAAGCUUCAGAUCAUCCAACCUAAGUACUAGUCACUAUAAUGAUUACAAGCAAAAAAGUAUCAGUUUCUACCAAAAUGGGACAGAACUUGAAGGGGCAUUACUGCUAACAUGAGAACCUGUAUAUUCAGCAUGAUCCUAAGCCAGUUCCAUCCAGCCUAUCUCCUGAAGAUCAAUCUUAGAUCCUGUUUUGAGUCUCUGAAGUAGCUGCCUCCAGGGUUUUCUCCACCAAAAUUCUGUUUGUAGUUCUUGGGUCCCACAUUCAAGCCACAUAGAUGUAUCUGUCAUAACAGUACAAGGUGACAUUUUUGAUCAGGUUUUGUUGCUAUGUUCACUCGUCUUUGGUCCGAUAGUUUAUCCUGAGCACUUGGUAAGGUAAAUGUUUGUUUAGGGGACAGACAAUGUUGGCUCAUUGAUACUUCUUGGCAUCUCUCCAUCUACACUGCUCCAACAGUUAAAGGCAGAUUAUUAAAUUUCAAUAGAACUCAGUUUACUUCCACACAAAUGAACAUGAAUAGGUUACAAGGUGAUGCAAUACUGCCUCCUAUUACUGACUGAUGUAUACAGGUCUUGAAUACUGAUGUGACAGAUUUGUGAUGUGUCUUUGGCUUCAUGUACAAGUGGCACGUGGGCAGGUGAAUGUCCUAGUAUCUCUUAUUCUUUGUGUAAUUCUCAUCAAAUAUGCUGUUUGUAAUGGGGUAUUUGUCCACAAUAUGAUAAGCCUGAUAUUCUUCCCAGAUACAUGUGUCAAUAUACAUUUAUUUUUACAAAAUUGAGACUUUACUUUUACAUAGUAGAGGGGAUGUUCUAUGUUCUGGUGUAUCAUUGUUUGUUUCAUAAUCCUUGUAAUGAAAGCCUUCAUUGGAGAGCAGUUUUGGUCAUGAAUCAUGUUUCUGCCAUGCAGUUACAUAGUAUAUGAUCACUAACUGAAAAGCUGAAUUGAAUGGAAAUGUCACUGUAUGCCAGUAUUUGGCAUCCAUCAACUGAAAAAGCUUGCAUAAAAAUCCUUAACUCAAUAUUUCAGUCAUUUCAAGUUACAAUCCAGCUCAUCUGGUUUCUUUGAAGGGACAGAAUGUAAUUGGAAUUACUAUCCAUCUCUACUGUAUCCAAUGAGGGAUAGACUUCAGUGCCAUCAUAAUUAAAAACAUGCAUUUUGAACCUGAACAGGUUGGAAUCAGUGUAGUAUAGGGCUUUUUAUUUUCAGUCCAUCUGCACAUACAUUUCCAUCUAUAUUUCAUAUGUUAUAUUGUCUUAUUUCUAAAGCUUAUUUAGCUGUAUUUUAUAAACCUGGUAGUAAGCUAUAUGAAAACAUAAAAGUGGGGUUUGUUACAUAAUUCUUAAUUUUUUUAAUUGAAUUUUUUUAGUCUUGUUUCAUGUAACAGUUAUUUUUCUUGUGAUUUUAAUAGAACCUUUUUAAUUUGUCACUGUUUUGUGAGUUGGGUCCAGAUAAAAUGCAUUUUCCCCACUAUGUUUGGGGCCCUUGGAAAAACAGUCUGUAAAAUGUCUUUGGUUAAAGAAAGCUUGGGUUUGGAAUAGGUGAAGAGGCAGCUUUUUGUGCAAACAAUGUAAUAAAUUUCUAUUUGUGGAAUAUAUAUGCUGUAACAUGGAAA